AUGCCACGUAAGAAAGAUGAAAUGCCCUGGUGGACGGCCCUGCCAAGCUUGUUCGCAACUGAGCUGCGAGGACGAAUGUACCUAUCCCAAACGUGGGUCGUUGUUCUUCUCCAACAUGUCAUUAAACAGGGCCGAGCUACUCCGAUUGCUGCCAAACUUUACGAGGCAGAUGGACAUCAACAGCUCUUCCUCAAAGAUGAGAGCGAACGGUUCGGCACAUCCCUGGCCUCAUUCAAGGCGCUCGGAGCACCAUACGCGAUCUACAAACUCUUAGUUGACGAAAUCUUCUCGCAGAUUGGUGUACUACCUACAUCCUGUGAACUGCGCACCGACAAAUACCGUUACAUCACCCAAAGUGUCACAAUCUUCGGUUGUCGAUUUAUCGACUAUAUUCACAACCAUGUGAGCGUUGGACGUGCUAGUUGGAUGAAGGGGUUAGGGCUUGCUGUGAUUCAUGCCAACGGCAAAUACGAAGCGUCUGUGGAGAGAGCCAAGGCAGAUGCUCGCAUGAAUGGCUGGCAUUUUGUCAGUAGUACCUCUUGGAGUGAUUUUGAUAGUGGUAUUCCACAAGACGUUAUGAAUGCCUACGUGGCGGUGGUCGAAGAGGCACUCAACAGGCUCCCAGCUGUAAAUGAGAUCACCCAUGUCUCGUCUGCGGCCGUGUUGGAAGCAUUGCUGCAGCAAUUUUCCUUGGGUUCUUCAUGCGGAUUCAAGAGCUACAGAAGAACCGGAAAUGCAUAUCAAUGA